AUGGAAAACAAGACAGUUUCCAAGAGCAUUCCCACCACCAAAGACGUGGAGCCUCUGUUGGAGAUCGAUGGAGACGUGCGAAGCUUCGAGGUGUUCCUGUCCUCCAGAACCCCGGUCCUCGCCGCCCGUGACAUCCGAACCUUCCUGCCCUGCACGGUUAACCUCGACCCCAAACUCAGAGAGAUCAUAGCAGACGUGCGUGCUGCCCGGGAGCAAAUGAACAUGGGAGGUGUCACCUAUCCCACACUGCCCCUGCAGGAGGGAGGACAACGCGCAAGCUCCAUCUACAGCCAGCACUCCUCCGCCUGCUCCCCCACCGCCUCCUACACUGGUCCCUACAACCCGCCCGGAGUGUCCCCCCAACCCCACAGCAGCUACUACAGCGGCAUGGCCGGCCCCCAGCACCCCUUCUACAACAGGCCAUAUUUCCCCCACCAUGUAUACCAGCUGCCCCGGCCCUACGCUGGCAGCAGCUUCCCUGCCCAAGCACUUCCACCACCUCGCCCACUCAUUAAACCCGGCUUCCCCAGGGACCCUAGCAGUGGACUCUGUAAGGUACCGUCUUUGAAAAAGAAGCAGUCUGGCAGCAUCGCUGGAAUUUUCAGAGAUGCCUGGAAUACCAGCAACAUGCCAAGUCUGUCCGGAUUUUCCAUGAGCACCGAUGUGGUGUGUGAGCGCCUCAAACUGAUCGAGGGAAUCGACCAGAGCAUGCUGGCCCAGUACACAGCCACCGUUAAAAAGGCUAAUAUCAAUGGCAGAGUUUUGUCCCAGUGUAACCUAGAUGAACUGAAGAAGGAGAUGAGCAUGAAUUUUGGAGACUGGCAACUCUUCAGGGGAACCGUGAUGGAGCUGCGUCAUGUGGAGAAUCAGGUCCUUCACGAGGAGGCCCCCAGUGAACAGGGUAGUUGUGUGGCGCCUCAUGGCGAGCCCGGCAGGCGUCCAGGACCCGGGCAACACGGAGGUGUUGGCCACAGCGACACCUCCCCCAUGUACAGCUUCAACCUAAGCUUUGAGGAGCUCACCAACGUGGGCCUGGAUGAGCCCACCAGGCAUGCCAACCCCCCUUGGAUGACCACCACACACCGAACUCCCAGUAUGUCAAGCCUCAACUCUCAGGAGUCGUCCAACGACAUCUGUAAGCUGACAGACAAACAGCAAGCGGAGUAUCGCAACGCCUACCAGGAGUACAUUGCCCAGAUGGCCCAGCUGGAGAGCUCAGGUAGCACAGCAGAGAAACCUGUGCAGCCACACCCUAACCAGUUCAAACACUCUGGGUCUGAUGACAAGGCAAAGGACGGAGGAGAGCAAGACAGUCGCAAGUCCUUCUCCAAACGUAGCGGCGGGAAACCUGCCGCCGACGCGACAGACUACGCCUCCGCCGAAGCCGCCACUCUGGACCCCAUCACCGAGGAAGACGAGAAGCCCGACCACGGCUCCUCCAAGUCGCUGCUGGGACGCAAGACCUCCGGGGAAAAGGUCGGCCUCUUCCAGGGAGCUGACCUCAAACUGAAGGCAGGAGGUGGUCUCCGAUACCAGAAGCUGACCAGUGACGACGAGGAAUCUGAAGAGUCAGACAACGCUCCUCUCCUCAAGGAUGGGAAGAAGCCAGACACUAAAGAAACAGAGGGUGAAGAUCGUUCUUUGGCGAAGGGUAAAGAGUACCUGUCCGAUGGCAUGCUGGACAAGAAGGAUUCCUCCGACUCGGGCGUGCGUUCCAGCGAGAGCUCCCCCAACCACUCCCUUCAGGACGAGGAAGCCGACCUGUCCCAGUCGGAGCGGACCAACCUGAUCGAACUGGACGAAGAGACUGUGACCAGGAUGUCCAUCUGCUCCGAAGACCAGUGCAGCCUUUUGGCCAGCAGCCCUGAAGAGAGCUGGCCGUCCUCGAAGAGCUACAACCUGAACCGCACGCCGAGCAACACGACCCUUAACAACAACACCAACGCCCAGCAGAGCAACCGCCCACGUCAGCCUGCAGAAACCUCUUCCACCACCACCACCUCCACCUCCACCACCGGCAGUGAGGUCAUCGUUAACCCCAGCCCCAGUACCACCAACGCCACCCAGAACGAGAAUGUGCGUGUGGUCCAUCUGAAGAGGGGUCUGAAUCCAGGGGUGCCGCCUGAGAUCUGCACCGUGUCUUCAGACACAGUCACUUUUGGGGAGGAGCGUGAGAGCAUCCUGUGA